AGAGGAACAGGUUUACAUUCAGACCAGUUCCUGUUCUAGUUCAGAGUCAAAGCGUCUGCGUGAACGUUCAGUGGUUUCAGUCUGUGAUGAUGAGGAUGAACGUCUACAUGUGUCUGUCAGCCUUCAUCCUGAGCUGCAGAGUCUGUGCAGAGGAGGUUCAUAUGGCUGUAAUGGAAACGAGCUCAGUGUCUUUACCUUGUUCUUACAUCAUGGACAACAGUAUGACCUGGACUAAACAGGUUGAUGGGCGGUUGGAUUUUCUAUUUUCAGUCAUUGGUGACGAAGAACGAAGAGAAAAUGACCCAGAGGAACGAUUUAGUUCAGUGGGAUAUAAUUCACUGCACAUUAACAGAGUUUAUUUAUCAGACAGUGGAAAAUACAUGUGCAACAACCAUUGGUCAGUGGAGCUGACGGUGAUCCCAACAGGAACCUUCAUCCAACAUGCUAGAGAAGGGACCAGUGUCACUCUGACAUGUCCUCAUGUUACUGGUUCAUAUCCAGAAUGGAGAAGAGAGUCUGAUGGAUGGAGACCACAUCCUGGUCUGACUCUGACUCUGACAGACCUUAGACUGUCUGAUUCUGGACUGUACAGCUGUGAUGGAAAACCUGCUGUGUAUCUGAAUGUGACCACAGGUGAUGAUGAAGCACCGCCCACAACAACAGACACAAAAACGACAAGUACGUCUGCAACAACAACAGCAACAACACAGAAGAAAACUACAUCCAAGACAAACAACAGCAAAAAGGGCACGAAACCAGAGAAAAAAGAUAAAGACACUGUCAAGACCAAACCAACACCAGUGGAAAACACCGGUACGACCACAACAAAACACACAAAGGAUGAAGAAAAGAUGGUUCCUAUGGCUGUAAUGGAGAUGAGCUCAGUGUCUUUACCUUGUUCUAACAUCAUGGACAACAGAAUGACCUGGGAUAAACAGGUUGAUGGGCGGUUCGAUUUUCUAUUUUCAGUCAUUGGUGACGAAGAACGAAGAGGAAAUGACCCAGAGGAACGAUUUAGUUCAGUGGGAUAUAAUUCACUGCACAUUAACAGAGUUUAUUUAUCAGACAGUGGAAAAUACAUCUGUAACAGCCAUUGGUCAGUGGAGCUGACGGUGAUCCCAACAGGAACCUUCAUCCAACAUGCUAGAGAAGGGACCAGUGUCACUCUGACAUGUCCUCAUGUUACUGGUUCAUAUGAUCCAAUAUGGAGAAGAGAGUCUGAUGGAUGGAGACCACGUCCUGGUCUGACUCUGAAUCUGACUCUGCCAGAACUUAAACCGAUUUAUUCUGGACUGUUCAGCUGUGAUGGAAAACCUGCUGUGUAUCUGAAUGUGACCACAGGUGAUGAUGAAGCACCGCCCACAACAACAGACACAAAAACGACAAGUACGUCUGCAACAACAACAGCAACAACACAGAAGAAAACUACAUCCAAGACAAACAACAGCAAAAAGGGCACGAAACCAGAGAAAAAAGGAGGCAAAAAGACUAAACCUACGAAAAAACCUGAAGUAAAACCAACGACAACUGCUUCAAUAACAGUGACCAAAGGAGGCAGCGACAAGAAUACUCCUCCAAGUCCAUCUGUGCCACGACCAACCAACAGUCCAAAAACACCGAUUAAAUCGACACCAAGAAUGGUGACUGCAUCGACACAAACCAAAGACGAUGCUCCUGAACAUCUUCCACCACAUUUCGGUUUGGUUUAUAGAGUCAUGUUGGUGUUCGUCCUCAUCUUCUUCGUCCUUUGCUUCAGUUUUAGACUCUGGUUUAUAAAACGAGGCGUAAAAAGCUCCACAGGAGUCACAACAGAAUACGACAUGACUGAUUUAAGGGGUGUAAAAAGAUCCAGAGAAGGAACAACAGAGUAUGACACUGUUAAUAUUACAGGUGACGCUGCUGAAAAUGAUUCCAUGGAUGACGACAUCACUGAUCUUCAUAUCAGUGAAAACAUGACUGACACCAUCUGAGUUUUUGUCAUCUUUUCCUCUCACGUCAUAUGAAACUUAAUUCGAUGUUUCUAUAGAUUCACUGCGGUCUUUAUCAGCUCGUUACUUCAGCUUUGAGUGAUAUUUAGUGUUUUUUUCUCUGCAGUUAAACUUCACCGCAGCAGCUUUGAAAUAAAAAUGACUUUAUGGAUGAUGUGGUUUUUAUCACAACCUCGUGUUUCUGUAAAAAGUCCAAGUGUACAAAUCUGAAUUAAAGUAAAACAAAACCAUCGAAGACGUUUUUCCUGAUCAAACAUCACAGAGUCUGAACAGUUCGCUCUAGUUUAUACUUUUGUAAAUAGAAAAGAAUGUUUUUAAACUUUAUUGGAGCAUGUACAGGAAAUAUUACUGUCUUCCUUCAGGUUUAUUAUGUGUGUUGUUAAAUUUUCAUCUGUGAUACGAAAUCCAUUUGUUUUACACAGUUUAUGGUUUUUAUUAAA